AGACAUGCGCACUGGGAUGUGACGUUAGCAAAGCAUUGUGGGAAGAUGGAUUUUCGCGCGUCCGGUUUCUUCCUCUAGGACUCAAGGCCACGCAGUGCGCUCGUCUAUUCUUUAGUAAUUUCAGGGUAAAGUGAGUAUUCAAAAUUACUUUUGAAAGGCAGCAUAUUAGCAAAGCGAACCAUGUCGAACUUUUGCGCAGCACCGAAUUGCACCACAAGAAGCAAUGAGUCAGCAUCGCCAUUAUUCAGGUUUCCAAGCGACACUGAAAGAUGCAAGCAGUGGGUGGACAACUGCCAUUGCAAGGAUCUUGAAGAUAAAACACCUGACCAGCUAAACAGACACUACAGACUUUGUGUUAACCACUUUGAACCAUCCAUGAUUUGUAAAGCAAGUCCUUACAGGACAAAGCUGAAGGAUAAUGCCACACCAACCAUCUUUGACUUAACAAGCCACCCCAAUAAUCCACAAUGUAGGCAACGCAAGAGGAUUAAAGAGCUGAGUAAAGCUGAAGCAGGACGAAUGAAAGAGAGGAAAAAGGACUCGGCGGACCAGUCAAAAACUAACACAAAUUAUGAGGAAGGUCAAGAUGACCCUGAGACAAACGACACCACCCAGCUGACCUCUAAGGAGAAGGAGCAUAGAGAAUACCUCAAAUCACUCUUUGAAGUUAUUGUAGUAUUGGGCAAACAAAACAUACCUCUGAAUAGACAUACCAAGGAGGUGCAGGAGGACAAGUGCCUUGCUCCGAGCAACUUCAAGGCAUUGUUGGAGUACCGAAUGAAUGCUGGUGGUGACGACGCUCUUAGGAAAAGGUUUGAGAUGAGUGCUAUGAACGCAGAGUGCUGCACCUUCACCCAGCAGAUGCAGAUGAUGGAGGUCUGUGAGAGUUGCAUCCGUGAGGAGCUCUUACGGGAAGUCCGAGAGGUUCGCUUCUUCUCAUUAGUCACUGAUGAUGUGGUUGAAAUCUCUGGCGAGAGCCACCUCCCCAUGUUCUUGCGUUUUUUGGACCAGGCCAACUGCUUGCGGGAGGAUUUUGUGGGAUUCCUUCCAUUUGAGGGAGAAGAUGAGACCCUGAUAGAGAGGCUGCUGACUGAGGUGACAAAGAAGUGGGGUUUAAAUAUGGACUACUGUAGAGGGCAGGCCCACUUCAGCUCCGGUGUGCAUUCUAGCAAAAUAAAAGCCAUUGCAACCAAACUCACAGAGAUGUACCCCACAGCAGUGUACACACCAAGAUCCACCUGUGCCUUAAAUGCCUCACUGGCAAGUGGAGUGGUUUUGACAGGCGUUCAGAUUGUCAUGUCUACUUUCAAGAAGAUCGAGUCUUUUUUCAAUGAAGCUUCUUCACUGCAAUUGGAGUUGGAGAAUGCCAUCUCCAUUUUCUACCAGGGUAAUGAAGAGAAGGCCAAUGAUCUGAAAGAGGCCUGCCGUACCAACUGGACAGUGAGACAUGAUGCAUUUGAGGUAGCAGUCGAUGUCCUGGAAUCUCUUCUGCUCUGCAUGGAUAGUGUUCACGACAAUGAAGAUCUGAGGUGGAGUGACCAAGUCACAAAUGAUGCCUUGGAGAUAUCAGAGGCUCUGGCUGAUUUUGAGUUUGUUGCAACAUUGGUUGUGCUGAAAAACACCCUGUCAUUCACAAGAGCCUUUGGCAAGAACUUGCAAGGGCCAACGAUGGAUGUCUACUUUGCUGCCAACAGCUUGACCGCUGUGUUGCACUCGCUGAACGAGGUCUCUGACAACAUUGAUGUAUACCAUGAGUUCUGGUUUGAAGAGGCUGUUAACUUAGCCGCUGCACUGGAAAUCCCGGUCAAGGUUCCCAGGCUCUACUUGAGAAAGCACCACGCAGAAUCUGGAACAGAGAUCCAGCCUGAGAGCUACUUUAAAGAACACUUGACCGCCCCGGUGGUGAGCCACGUCAUCAAUGAACUGAACGACCUCUUCUCUGAAAACCACCUCAACGCCCUGAGAUGUCUGACGCUCGUCCCUGCUGUCAUGGGGCAGUUGAAGUUCAACACUUCUGAGGAGAACAACGUGGAGAUGUACAGGAAUGACCUUCCCAAUGCAGACACUCUCCCCACUGAGCUGCACUGCUGGAGGGUGAAGUGGAAGCACAGGGGCAAGGUGACCCUGCCCUCCACCGUCCAUGAGACGCUGCAGCUGGCUGAAGUGAAGUUCUUCCCCAACGUGCUUGCCUUCUUGAGGGUGCUCUGCAACCUGCCAGUCCUGAGCCUUGAUGUUGAUGGCGAUGCUUCUCGUAAACGCUUUCAGAUGUACCUGGAGAACACACCUGACAAACACAGGUCCAAGAGUCUGGCGUUUCUGAACAUACAUUAUAAUGCCAGACAUGACCUGGAUAUCAUGGUUGAUAGUUACAUUAAGAUGUACCCUGAAAAUGAAAGUCAUGAGCAAGUAUGCCAGCUUGUUGACUAAAUUACUUGUUCUUUUAUGUUAGUAGUAGUCUCUCCGUAGCAUUUGUGACCUGAGCUUACCUAUCACCUAUUGGAUGUUUGAUAUGUUUAAACCACUUAUUAAGGCUGUAUAUGUUUACCAAUGCAAAUAUCUACAUUUUUUGUUGUUGGGGAAAAUCAAUCAUUAGUUUUAAACUGCAAAAAGUAUGUGGACACCUGCUUGUCGAACAUCGCAUUCCAAAAUCAUGGGCAUUAAUAUGGAUGGUGAAGCGUAAUUCAUCACGCCAGAGAACGUGCUUCCACUGCUCCGGAGUCCAAUGACGCUGAGUUUUACCUCUCCAGCCGACGCUUAGCAUUGCGCAUGGUGAUCUUAGGCUUGUGUGCGGCUGCUCGGCCAUGGAAACUCAUUUCAUUAAGCUCAUUAUGGACAGUUAUUGUGCUGAACAUUGCUUCCUGAGGCAGUUUGGAACUCGGUAGUGAGUGUUGCAACUGAGAACAGAUGAUUUUUACACACUUCAGCACUCUGUGGUUCCGUUCUGUGAGCUUGUGUGGCCUACCACUUUGCGGCUGAGCUGUUGUUGCUCCCAGACGUUUCCACUUCACAAUAACAGCACUUACAGUUGACCGAGGCAGCUCUAGCAGGGCAGAAAUUUGAUGAGCUGACUUGUUGAAGGUGGCGUCCUAUGACUUUGCCAUAUUGAAAGUCACUGAGCUCUUCAGUAAGGCAAUUCUACUGCCAAUGUUUGUCUAUUGAGGUUGUGUGGCAGUGUGCUCGGAUUUUAUACACCUGUCAGCAACGGGUGUUGCAUAAAUGGCCAAAUCCACUAAUUUGAAGGGGUGUCCACAUACUUCUGUGUACAGCACCUUCAGAAAGUAUUCACCCUUAGACUUGUUCCACAUUUUGAAUAAAAAAAAUGGGUGAAAAAUAUACAUUUAUUCCUUCUACAAUACCCCAUAGUGUAAAUAUGUUUUUAGAAGUGUUAGCACAUUUAAAAAUGAAAUGCAUUAAUAUCUCAUUUGUAUAAGUAUUCACACUAGUGGUGCACAAUGUAUCGGUGAACAUAUUGGAAUCGGCUGAUAUUAGCUAAAAAAGUCAAAGCUGAUGUGCAUACCUAUAUAACGUAGGUACAUGAUGCCACGUAAAAACUUUGUGCUAUACGUGCAACACAGCAUUCCUAAACUAGCUCACAACGUCUGCUGUGGAUCGAGCAAUCAUUUGAAAGAGUAAAAAAAAUAUCAGCGAGACAACUCAAAGGCGAAAUCCAUUAAAGCCAAGAUAAUGGAAUUCAUUGCCCUUGACAAUCAAUCGUUCUCUGUCGUGGGUGAUAUUGGCUUUCGCGACUGGUCGAGCGCUACCAAGUGCACUAUUUUUCAGAUGUUUCCCUACCAGAGUUGCACAGUAAUGGCGUCACUGCUAUUAGCUUCAUGACAUGCAUACUAUGGAACGCCGUAUGGUUCUGCGUGUCAAAAAAUAUACAGUAGCACUGUCAAAGCUGUACAAAAAAAAUCUGCAUACACAGGCCACGAACGAUGUGUUUACAUUACCGCUUUGGUAAUAAAGCAUAAUUUCUUUGACCGCAAUUACAACCAGCCUGAAAACAAUGACCAGUAGAACCUGCAGUCAUUUAUAUUAUUCUUAGCAAUGAUUUAGGAAUCCUUGUAAGUAUUAACUAGGUUGCCACUUUUUGUUCGGCUAUUGAAAUUGAACUUCUGUUCAUGAAAAUAAAUAGCUAGUCGGCAACAUAACCCUGUUGCCCAAAGCUAACGUAAUAAGCAGCCAGCUAGCUUCAUCUGGCUAGUGAGGCUCGACCGCAACGGGUUAUGUGUUGUGAAGCUAGCCACAAUAAGGAUUGGGAACAAUAGUGGAAUUUUUGGUUUGCCUUCAAAAUAAGUGUCAUUGAUAGUAAUACAAAUUUAAUUAUGCCAUUUUUAUUUUGAAGGCUAACCGCAAAGUCCACUAUUGUGACCAGCUUCACAUAGAUGCGUCUGACCACCAUGAAUCAAAAACUGUCUUAUAAUUAGGGUUAUUUUCAAUUACACCUACUACUAUACAGUUAGCUAGCUAACAAUAGCUACUGAAACGGAUGUUGUGUUAUUUGACAUAUUUUUUGACAUGCAAAGACCGAAAUGGCAUUCCAUAGAAAUCCUGGUUGAGAAUGGAACGACUGAACAACGAAACAGCACAGCAAGUAAGUGAAGUAAAUAGGUUUUGGUUAUGUUUUACUGGUAAUUGCCUCACACCCCUGAGUCAAUACUUUUUAGAAGCACCUUUUGGCAGCUAUUACAGCUGUGCCACUCUGGGUAAGUCUCUAAAGCCUUGUUCACACUGCAGGCCGUAAUGCUCAAAUCAGUUUUGUUCUUCAAAUCCGUUUUGGACUACAGUUACAACUGACCAAAUCUGAGUUAUUUGUGUGUGUUCAGACAGCAGUCAUUUGCUGACACUGCUAUGCUAGUUGUCAUAAUACCAUGGGUGUGUGCGGUGGUGUAGGCUGAUUGGUGUUCCCUAUCACAACAGUGCCUGCCAUGGUCAUUUCCCAAUAGCCUUGAAUGUUCAAAAUCAUAGAAAAGUGAUCUUAAAUUUAAAGUCUCAAAGAAUAGGAUGAUUCAACUUUAAAAAUGAAUCCUAGCUAGGUAGGUGUUUUGGUUUCUAGCUCAUUCAAUACUGUUGUUUGUAAACAAUUAACAAGCUAGUUGGCAACCACAUGUCCUUAUCAAACUGUCAACAGAGUAGCUAGCAAGAAGGUAUGCCGAAUAACAGUCAACCGCUUAAGGGCAAAUCAGGUUUGUAUCUGACCUUCAUAGGUGGUUUGAAAUGUAGCUUGAAAUAUCAGAUUCCAUGUGCUUUUUGGCUGUUCAGACUGCAGGACAAAUAACAGACUUGGAUAUGCAAAUAAAAUAGAAUUUCAGUCACUUCAACUGCCAAUGUGAACAUGACUUGAGCUUUCCACACCUGGACUGUGCAACAUUUCCCCAUUUGAUUCUUUGGCAACAUCUUCAAACACCUUCAAAUUGGUUGUUGAUCAUUGCUAGACAACCAACUGUAACUCUCUUCUUGGUAAGCAACUCCAGUGUAGAUUUAUUUAACUAGGCAAGUCCGUAAUGAACAAAUUCUUAUUACAAUGACGGCCAAACCCGGGUGACGCUGGGCGAAUUGUGCGCUGCCCUAUGGGACUCCCAAUCACGGCCGGAUGUGAUAGUCUAGGUACUGAGAUGCAGUGCCUUAAACCGCUGCGCCACUUGGGAGCCUAUUGGUUAGAGCGUUGGACUAGUAACUGAAAGGUUGCAAGAUCGAAUCCCCGAGCUGACAAAGUUUUUUUUUUAAAUGGUCGUUCUGCCACUGAACAAGGCCGUCAUUGAAAAUAAGAAUUUGUUCUUAACUGACUUGCCUAGUUAAAUAAAGAUGUAAAUUCUGUUUUUGCUCUAGGAUUUUGCCUGUGCUCAGCUCCAUUCUGGUUCUUUAUCCUGAAACUUCCCAGUCCUUAACAAUUACAAGCAUACCCAUAACAUGAUGCAGCCAUCACUGCUUGAAAAUAUGGAAAGUGGUACUCAGUAUUUUUUUGUAUUGGAUUUGUCCCAAACAACUUUUUGUCCUGAAAAGUGUUUAUUGCUUUGCUGCAUUUCUUUUCAGAAUUACUUGUUGCAAGCAGGAUGCAUGUUUUGGAAUAUUUCUAUUCUGUACCAUCUAACUUUUCACUCGUCAAUUGGGUUAGUAUUGUGGAACUACAAUGUUGAUCCAUCUUCAAUUUUCUCCUAUCACAACCAAUAAACUAACUUUUUUACAGUCACCAUUGGCUUCAUGGUGAAAUCGCGGAGGGCUUCCCUUCCUCUACAGCAACUGAUUUAGGAAGGAUGCAGGUAUAUUUUGUUGUGACUGGGUGUAUUGAUACACCAUCCAGUGUAAUUAAUAACUUCACCAUGCUCAAAGGGAUAUUCAAUCUCUGCUUUAUUUUUAACCCAUCUACCAAUAUGUACCCUUCUUAUCGAGCCAUUGGGAAACCUCCCUGGUCUUUGGUUGAAUCUGUUUGAAAUUCACUCAUCGACUGAGGGACCUUUAACGUUAUCUAUGUGUGGGGAACUGAGACGAGUUAGUCAUUCAAAAAUCAUGUUGAACACUGUUACACACAGUCCAUGCAACUUAUGUGACAUGUUAAGCACAUUUUUACUCCUGAAUUGAUUUAGGCUUGCCAUUACAAAGGGUUUGAAUACUUACUGAGUCAAGACAUUUCAGCUUUCAUUUUGAAUUAAUAUGUCAAUCCAAGAAACAAUGUCAUACUCGUUUGAACCAGACAGUAGAUGGCCUUCACGUAGAGACCGAGGGUCGCUGUUUCGCUCGCUCGGAUGCUUUCUCCUGUGAGAUACAUUGUCUCUUGCAAAUUGAAGGAAAAUGAUUAAACACAGACAAAAUGUAGUGGUAUUUUUAAAACAUUUUUGGGAAGCCUGGUUUAUCUUGGUGUCCAUGAAUACAUGCCACUGAAUUUAUGUAUAGGUUAUUUAUGUUUAUGUGACUGGAAAUGUCAUAUGUAAACUUGUCUCGUUCCCAGUAGACACUAACACCUUUGGCCGACUUAUCAAAAUGCAUAGGGAAUAUGUAGUUUGGAGUGUUUACACAUCGCAAGACAUCAGAAUAGCAUGUUGAUGCUUGUCAGACAUAAACAAUUUUAAAAUGUAGACAUUUAUAAAUACAUCUGCAAGAUGUCUUGCCAAUUGGGAAACUCUCCAUACUACAUUUUAGGCUUAUGUUUAGAUGUACAGUUUCUGCAAUCUGGGUUGAAGUGCUCACUCUUGUAAAACCAAUUUGAAAGAAAUACAGUUGAUGUAAGUUGUAUUCAUUUUGUAAAAAUGAUCGUUUGAAAUGAAAAAAAUGUUUUUGAUUCAGUCUCAAUGACAAUUGCAAUUGUCAUUCAUUUGAUAAUUACACCAUUUUAUUUGGGUUACCUGUUUGGGUGAUAGCAUUAUCUCUGAAAUAAAUGGAAGGUUUUUCCUCAUUGACUUUGA